CUACGAACUUCAACGUCGGCGAUCACUCGGCUCCUCGUCUGGACCUCAUUCUCAAUUCCGUCGGCUGGAGUUCAUCUCUACGCCCCUCAUUCCGUCGACUGAAAAUGCUUGCAAAGCGCGUGUUGCGUCUGGCAGCGAAGCGUCCGACUGUGCUUCGUUCUCAGCAUUUUGUCGGUCGUGCUCUAGGCGGAGCUUUGGCUCAGCAAGUGUUCACACGGGGCAUCACAACCCCCAGUCUUCCCAAUUUCUCGUCCUCGGCUGUAGCUGAACACGUCGCGAACUCACCGGAUCCGACCGAGGCGUUCGAUUCGAUAAUACACAAGUCACCGCAUGAAGACAUCGAGAUUCCGGACCACACCAUCUGGGAGGUGGCUGCACGCCAAGCUCGCGUCAAUGGGGACAAGCCCGCCUUUGUCUGUGGUCUCACCCACAAGACGGUGACGUUCCGAGAGCUCUUCACGGGCGCUCGUCGUCUCGCGGCGUCGUUCGCACAGGAGGGAAUCCGCAGGGGAGACGUCGUGGUGCUGCACUCGUUCAACUGUAUCGAGUACCCCAUGGUCGUGCUUGCUUUGACGGGGAUGGGAGUGGUGUGUUCGCCGGCGUCGCCCCUGUUCGUACCCAAUGAAUUGGCGUAUCAACUCACACAGUCCAAGGCGAGUUACCUGGUUACACACAAGCAACUGGAGAACGUAGCUGUUGAAGCUGCAUCCAUGGCAGGGUUGAUGAAUGCAGUCACGUUCACUAUGGGGACAACCGAAGCAACGGAGACGCACGACCUCAAGAGUAUCAAUGACAUGGCCGCUCAGACCAAGUACGAUUUCUUCUAUGAGCGUAUCGACCCCAACUUGAAGCUUAUGUUGCCGUUCUCGAGUGGAACGACCGGCAACCCGAAGGGUGUGGGGCUCAGUGCCAAGAACUUGCUGGCAAACGCACUGCAAGUCAGUCACGUGGAGCCCGAAGGAGAGAACUUUCUGGGUCUCGUACCGUUCUUCCACAUAUACGGCAUGAUGCUGAUCCACCUCAGUAUUCUACAAAGUAAGAGUAUCGUCAUCUUACCACGGUUCAUGCCGGACACGUUCCUCAACGCGUUGGCCACGUACAAGAUCCGCACAGCUCACAUCGCUCCCCCCGCAGUUCUGUUCCUGGCACACCAUCCACUAGUGGAGGAAUUCGACCUCACGUCCACGGAGUUCGUAGUAUCAGGUGGAGCACCGAUCGGCAAGCAAGUCGAGAGUCUGGUGCACAAGCGUCUGGGCCUCAAUGUCAAGCAGAUCUAUGGAAUGACUGAGUUAUCCCCUGCUGUCAAUUACGGCGAGGACCACACUCGCAAGCCGGGGAGUGCCGGUCGACUGGUGCCGAAUACCGAGCUCCGUGUGCGCUGUAUGAACACAGACCGCGACUUGCCGCCGAACCAAGAGGGAGAAUUGAUGUACCGUGGACCACAAGUGAUGCUGGGCUACGAGAACAACCACGAGGCCAAUAAGAACAUCUUCACUGAGGACGGAUUCCUUCGAACGGGGGACAUCGGGUACAUCGACAACGACGGCUUUGUGUUUGUCAUUGAUCGAGCUAAAGAACUUAUCAAGUACAAGGGCCACCAAGUGGCUCCUGGUGAGUUGGAGGACGUAUUGAACCACCAUCCGGACAUUGCGGACUGUUGCUGUGUGCGCGGACAAAACGCACAGGGCGAAGAGAUCCCCAAGGCGUUCGUGGUGCUGCAACAACCGGACAGUCCGAACCGUCCGACACCGCAGAGUAUCAUGGACUAUGUGGCAGAGCACGUGGCUCCCUUCAAGAAGGUGCGUGAGGUGCAGUUCAUCGAUGCGAUUCCGAAGAACGCGUCGGGUAAAAUGCUGCGUCGUCAGCUCCAGGAGCGCGAGAAUCGUCUGCACAACGCUUAGUUGGUGCAAAAGGGAGAAACAGAGUUGCAUGUUUUGUCGAUGUAAAAUUGCGAAUGAAGCGUAUGAACUGAAA